AUGGCCGGCGAAGAUGAGUUCGCGCAGACCAGAGGCGGCGAUGAUCUCUUUGACGAUGAAAUCAUCCCAGUUUCCGCGGAGCAACAGCAAGUAUCCUCAGACGUCGCCCCGCAGGAAGUACCCGAGACUAUAAACAAGCCAGACGAUACACCGACUGAGUCACCAGCUGUUUCACCAGCUCCCAUACAGACACCAACCGGCCCGCGGCGCGGGGGUGAGAGGGGGAGAGGGCGGGGUCGCGGGAGAGGUCGCGGAGGGAGGGGGUCAAAUGCUCCGGGGAGAAAGGAUGAUGGUGGGAAUAAGAAGGCUGUCGAGGGUACACCUGAGCCUGAGGGUGGAACUAUAGAGGCGGAGAAGAAAGUUGAAGAGAAGGAGGAUGACGCUUCGUCGGAGUCAAAGGGGCCUGCGUCGAAUGGCGGAGCUGAGGGAUUGCGUGUACCGGCUGUCCGUGGGGAUCGCAGUGCGACGGGUGGGAUUAAGAAGCCCAAACUUACCGAAGAACAACUCACCCAACGAAUGGCAGCCGCCAAAGAAAACGCUGCCAAGUUAUCCGCCGCUCACGCCCGCGCAGAAGCUGACCAAGCAUCCUUCCUCGAACGCGAGAAAGUUGCCGAUGAAAAACGUCGCCAAGAGCGCGCGAACCGUCGUGUGAUGGACUCGGAGCGAGAACGUAACCGCCAGCGGAAAAUGAAUGCUUUGAACGGACGGGAGUGGGACGCUACUAAGCAGGAGGAAGACUAUAAUCCUCGGGGUGGGAAGGGUGGUUUCCGGCGUGGAAUGCACGGUGGUGUUUCGGGUUAUGCUCGACGGGACUUUGAUGAUGGUCGUCCGGAUGAGAACCCAAGGGACAACCAGGGAGGCCAUCGCGGUAAUCGCGGCCGAGGACGUGGUAGGGGUGGACGAGGACGGAACAACUCUCGCGGACCGCGGAGGGAUGGUUGGCAACCCGAUAAUGCUUUCGAGAAGCCUGCUGCUGCGACAAAUGAAACGAAAACCCCGACGCCUGCGCCGGCUGCUGGCAAUGAAGCCGAGUUCCCUGCUCUUCCAGGCGCCAAAGACCCUCCGACAGACGCCAAACCAAACUGGGCUGCCGCUGCUAAGAAGAUUGAACCUAGCUGGUCGCCUGUGGAGGGAUCCACAUGGGCAGACGAAGUCGAGGCGCAGUAA